AUGAAAUUAAAUUUAAUUAAUUAUUUGUAUAUUUUAUUUAUUUUUUGUGAUUUUUGUGGACAAAAUAAUGGAGAGAAAAUGAGGAGAAGAAAAUUAAGAGAACACAAAGUCCCUUGCCUAGUAAAUAUGUGCACUAAUAGAUUUACUCAACUACUUGAAGAACAUGGAACUGAGCCGUCCUCAAGUGUUGAUUACUGUAUUUUGUUGAAGGUAGUGAAACGAGGACUUUGGGUUGGGAUUCUGUGA